AGCUCGGCCAAAGGGCAUGGGAGCCAAGCCAGCAACAUCGCCCCCAUAAAAUUUCUUGAGCAACACGCGACUUUAAGUUUGAACAUUGAGUGACAGUGCUUUGAUUUUCAGGAGCAGCAGAUUUCCACCACAUUCACAACCAUGUUCCGACAAACCUUCUCGGCCACCUCCAGAGCUCUCCGCUCCACUGCCAGACUCGGCACCCAGAGGCAAACCAUUACGAUUGCCCAAUCCUAUUACAACCAGACACCACUCGCCGUUGCGAGGACACGAUGGUACAGCUCCGAAACAGAGGCCGCAAAAAAGGAGGGAGAGGAGGAAAAGGCGAACGGUGAGGCCGAGGGCCCCGAAGCCGCUCUAAAAAAGCAAUUAGAGGCCAAGGAUGCCGAGGUCCGCGACCUCAAGGACCGCUACCUUCGCUCCGUGGCCGACUUCCGCAACCUGCAGGACAGGACACAGCGUGACAUGAAGGCCGCGCGGGACUUUGCCAUCCAGAAGUUCGCCAAGGACCUUGUUGAGUCGGUCGAUAACUUCGACCGGGCGCUGAGCAUGGUGCCCCAGGAGAAGCUGAAGCCCGAGGCCAAGACGGAGCACACCCAGGAUCUAGUCAACCUAUACGACGGCCUCAAGAUGACCGAGAACAUCCUGCUAUCGACGCUCAAGAAGCACGGCCUCGAGCGCUUCGACCCCGACGGCGAGGUGUUCAACCCCAACGAGCACGAGGCCACCUUCAUGACCCCCAUGCAGCACAUGGACCACAACACCGUCUUCCACACUCAGGAGAAGGGCUUCAAGCUCAACGGCCGCAUCCUCCGCCCCGCCAAGGUUGGCGUCGUCAAGAACAAAUAAGCGACGUCCCCUACCUACACCAAACUUACUCUCCGGGAGGCUGUUUCUCCCCUGUACUACUACCGCUGUUGGAUUUAUUCGCACGUGCCACAUAUAUCAUGGGACCAGGGCGGCCGGGCGUUUUUGUUUUAUGGUCU